CUGGUGCUGUGUACGGAAGUGGUCCCCAGGCCGUGCUGUAACCAUCUCAUCAGUGGCGGCGCUCUCCUCCACCUCUUUUUCCCCCGGCGUCACAUGACACUCACGUGAUCCGUCUCAUGAAUCCGACUGUCAAUAGGAGCCUGAAGAUGGCGGCGCAUCUAUCCUGCGGCCGGGUGAACCUGAACGUGCUGCGGGAGGCGAUGCGCAUUGAGCUGCGGGAGUUCUUAGAUAAAUGUGCUGGCAGUAAGGCUAUCGUGUGGGAUGAGUAUCUGACGGGUCCUUUUGGAUUAAUUGCACAAUAUUCCCUUUUAAAGGAACAUGAAGUUGAUAAAAUGUUUACACUUAAGGCGGGCCCGUUACCAUCAUCCGAUGUUAAAAACAUCAUCUUUUUUGUCAGACCCAAGCUUGAGCUAAUGGAUAUUAUUGCUGAGAACAUUCUGAGAGAAGACAAGGGGCGAUUCCCACAACGGGACUUCCAUAUAUUGUUUGUCCCGCGUCAUAGCUUGCUGUGUGAGCAGCGGCUGAAGGAUCUGGGAGUUUUGGGAUCAUUCCAUAAGCGUGAGGAAUAUCGUCUGAACUUGAUUCCUUUUGAUGGUGAUUUGUUAUCAAUGGAAUCUGAACAUGCAUUUAAGGAAUGUUACUUGGAGAAUGAUCAGACCACUCUUUACCAUGCAGCUAAAGGACUCACCACUUUGCAAGCAUUGUAUGGAACUAUUCCUCAGAUUUGUGGGAAAGGAGAAUGUGCGAGGCAUGUUGCAAAUAUGAUGAUCAGGAUGAAGCGAGAGCUGGGUGGGAGCCACAACCAGGUAUCUCCGGUGUUCGACACACUUUUGUUACUGGACCGUAAUGUUGACUUAAUGACUCCUCUGGCGACUCAGCUAACAUAUGAAGGACUUAUAGAUGAGGUGUAUGGGAUUCAGAAUGGCCAUGUGAAGCUUCCCCCAGAAAAAUUUGCUCCCAAGAAACAAGGUGAGAGUGGGAAGGAUCUACCUACAGAACCCAAGAAACUGCUUCUAAACUCUGCAGAGGAGCUCUAUGCUGAGAUCCGAGACAAAAACUUCAACGCUGUGGGUUCCGUGUUGAGUAAAAAGGCCAAAAUUAUAUCUGCUGCCUUCGAGGGGAGACACAGUGCAAAGACAGUGGGGGAGAUCAAACAGUUUGUCUCACAGCUGCCUCAUAUGCAAGCAGAACGAGCAUCUUUAGCGAAUCAUACAUCCAUUGCUGAACUUAUUAAGGAGAUAACAACUUCAGACGAUUUUUUUGCCAAGUUAACAGUGGAGCAAGAAUUUAUGUCAGGGUUUGACACUGAUAAGGUGAAUCUAUACAUAGAGGAUUGCAUUGCAAAAAAAGAUCCCCUGAUAAAGAUCUUAAGACUGGUGUGCCUCCAGUCUGUCUGCAACACCGGGCUCAAGCAAAAGGUGCUAGACUUCUACAAGAAAGAAAUUCUCCAGACCUAUGGCUAUGAGCACAUACUGACGCUGCAUAAUUUGGAAAAGGCUGGACUUUUAAAAUCCCAAACGGUGAGCAGGAAUAAUUACCCUACUAUCAGGAAAACCCUACGCCUUUGGAUGGAUGAUGUCAAUGAGCAGAAUCCUAAUGAUAUUUCCUAUGUGUACAGUGGUUACGCUCCUCUCAGCGUCCGCCUGGCCCAGGUGCUGGUUCGUCCAGGUUGGAGGAGCAUUGAGGAGGUUCUUAAACUUCUUCCUGGGCCGCAGUUUGAAGAGCGACAAUCCCUACCUGCUGGCCUUAUGAAGAAACGCCAGCAAGGAGAGAACAAGGUAAUACUAGUUUUCUUCCUUGGUGGAGUGACCUUUGCGGAGAUUGCUGCACUUCGUUUCCUGUCGCAGUUGGAGGAUGGGGGAACAGAAUACAUUAUUGCCACUACCAAACUGAUCAAUGGCACAACAUGGAUUAAGUCUUUGAUGGAAAAGCUUGAGGCACCACCAUUUUAAGGAUGCAAAUCCCCUUAAACUAGGCAAUUCAAGACCUGAAUUUUCAAAAGACAUUUUCAAGACCUCUGAAAUGGUUCCUACAUAAUAUUGCUUGUGCUGUUAUAUGGUGAUCAUGCUUAGGAGCAAACCGCAGUAGAUUGUUGCUCCCGAGCUCACUGCAUCAUUUACAAAAUCUGAAACUUGAAUGCUUCCCACAGCAGCACUUUAAAAGCAAGUAGAAGAUACAUUUCUGCUUUUGUAUUUUAUGUUGAGAAAGAGAACCCAGAAAUUGAAGCCUCUCAGUGUUGACAAGAAGCCUUCAGCUACCAUAGGGAUUUAAAACUGUGAAGUGUUUUGUUUCAUCACAAAAUGUUGAGAGUAAGUGAAAAUGAUUUAGAAUCCUUAAACACUCCUGAACACUGUGAUGCCCUUCGCGUAUUUCAGUACAGCUAGAUGGGCCAAAAUAAGGACAUGUACCCAUUGAUUCAUGGGGGUUAUUAAAUUGUUCAAAUACAGCUAUUCUAGCUGAUGUGACCAGUUUCAACCAGGCAAUGGUUUGCUGGGCGAAACAUUUUACCCCUUUUCAUAGUAGUCGAAUUUCUAAAAAUUCCUGCUUAGGCUGCAAAUAACUGUCACAGUUUCCAGACCACCCAGCAGAUCACAUGUUCCAGGUCACCCAGCAGGUGCACAGGGAGCGUUCACCAACUCACAUUUUCUAGACACAAUGGUGAUGCAUUGUAAAAGGCAUGCAGACGUUUAUGCCCCUUUCACAUCGCACAAAUAACCCGGUAUCGACAUGGCAUAUUGCCGUGUCGAAACGGGUCAGUGUGCGAUGUGAAAGGUCCUUUGCUGAAUUAGCGGGUCGCCUGACCCGGUAAUUCAACCCGGUAAAAAAGAAGGGUUAUUACCAGGUUGAAUACCGGGUCAGGUGCAGUGUGAAUGGGAGCCGUUCCGAUGCGACACGGCUCCCAUUCACAGCAUAGGCAGAGGCGGCGCAGGAGAUGAGCUCAUCUCCCAGCGCCGCCUCCACCCCUGCCCCUGCUGCGCCCCCCGCUGCUAUGGCAACCGACCCGGUAUAUUGCCGGGUCGGAAAGCCAGCAAAGGAGCGCAAAUGCCGGAUCCCACCCGGUAAGGACACGUUUCUCUUACCGGGUGGGAUCCGGCAUUUGCGAUCUGAAACCAGCAUUAGCCACAUAACUCUGAAACAAAGCAACUAAUUACUCCAAUGUUAUUCUACAAAUCUACAUACCAAGACCUUUAAUUGUUGUAUUUAUAAUGUGCACUGCUCAGACAACUGCAUUAUAGAAAUGUGACUCCUAUAAAAGUCGUCAUUUUGCGAUAGAUAGAUAUAUAUAUAUAUAUAGAUAUAUAUAUAUAAUUUUUUUUUUUUUUUUUCACAACAUGGACUGUAAAAACAAAAGCUGCAUAGAGAUUUCUAUAGACUCAUUUCAUUCCUCUAUAAAUAAAUAGCUGAUAGACUUUUUAUUUAACGAUCCAGUUGUACUUUUUUGAUAAAGGUAUAUUUUAAUAUUGCUAUAUUUGACAGCACCUAAUGUUAAAUGGCAAUUAAGCACCUGUACUGUUCUAAUAUUGCAGUUUAUGGACGAGGGUCAACAGGUUUCAUGGAUUUACAAGUCUUCUGUUUUGGGUUUUAUACAGUAUCAGCAGCCUCUUCUAAUGCAAUAAAACCUUUUAUGGUAACAAUGCUAUCGUCAUACACAAAUGAGUGCUGUCUAUCUGAAGAAGUGCACUGCUCAGCUACUCAAGUUGUCUACACCAAGUUAUCUGAUGUUAUUUUAUUACGUUGUGGUGCAUUAUGUACAACUAGCUGAUGUGCCCGAUUUCACCUGGGUAGACCUUCGAUAUUUACUGUAUCCAUUUCCUUCAUGACAGCUUAAGUUAUAUGCUUAGUUCAUGUUAUGUCUCUGGGGUACAGGGGCAUGGUAGUAGCAAGAUUAAAUAAA